AUGACAAAGCCGGGUAAGUUGGGGGUGGAUUCGAAUGGGCAAAGAGGGCAGCAGGGCUCUCAACAGCAGGCAAGCCAGAAGGCCUCAGAGGACUCGGAGAAGCCUCACAUACCCAGCGUGCCAGCUGGGCCGUUAGUCAUCAGUGCUGGCUGGGGCAGAACGGGCACAUCCUCUUUGAAGGUGGCUCUGGAUCAGCUGGGAUAUUCCCCCUGCUUCCAUGCGCGCUUCAUGCCAUACAUUACAGACCUCUUCGAUGCCAUGUAUGACUACGCAGAAGGACGCAGGCCGGAUUUCCCAGCAAGAGACCUGUUUCGGCAGUUCAAUGCGGCUGUCGAUAUCCCAGCCCCCCUCAUACCCCUUGUGCUAGAGGCGUACCCUGAUGCCAAGGUGAUACUCACAGUGCGCGAGCCAGAGAAGUGGUAUGAGAGCUAUGUGAACUCGCUGCUGUGGCUCUACCAGACAUGGCUGUUCAAGCCCUUCGCCUACAUUCUCCCCAUGGGCCAAAAGCUGCAGGCGAUUGGUAGAUGGUGGCUGAUUUGGGAGUUUGGCGACGACACCAUGUCGGACAAGGAAGCGUGCAUCCAGGCGUACCUCAAGCACAACGCCCACAUCAGAGCCACAAUUCCUCCAGAGCGCCUGCUGGAGUGGGAGGCCAAGGAUGGCUGGGAGCCCCUUUGCAGGUUUUUGGGUCAUCCUGCGCCGAAGGAGCCUUUCCCCAGGAAGAAUGAGGGCGCUUCCGAGAUGGCCUGGCAGAUCGUGCGCUUCAUUGCAUGCAACCCGCUCGCCGCCGCAGGGCUCAUAAAGUACCAGCACAAGGGUCCGCUGGACUUUGACCUGGUCUGA